UCCAGGGCGCUUUGCGGGACUCCACGGCCGAACAUGGGGAUCGGUUUUGUCAACGUUUGCGCAAAGCGACUGUGAAGAAUCAAAAGUAUGGAAAAGCGCUCCUGAGGGGGAGGUGGGGACCAUGCGCCGGGUUCUGUGAAGAGUCCAGUCAUCUCCAUCCGAACGCGCCUGCAAAGAAAGUAAGAGAGAAAGAGAAAAAAAAAGAGCGAAAAAGAAGAGAGGGGCUUUACUGGGAACUCCGACUCCGACUCUCAGCUCGUCCGAGGACUCUGGGAAACAAGUCAGAAAGUUUCAUGCUGAAUAUUCCCACAUUAACCUGAGGUCCAGGGUGUAAGGGGAGCAGCAGGUCUCGGCGCUCCAAUGCCAGUGGACAUGCAGCCACAUCAGGGGCUGUAUUACUAUGAGAACUCUCCCAACCAGCCGUCCAGAGGCCUCGUCCCCUCCGAUCAGUCCCCCUACAGCGAUGUGUCUUUACUGCGCGCUCCGCUGCUCGACGGCGCUCCGCAGGACUGCCACGCCAUGUACAACCCCAUGACUCCCAGCAUGGCCCAUGGAUCAGGGCCGGGCCAGGGGAUCGGCCACUGCAUGGAUCAAUACAUGAGGCCCCCUCAGGCCCCACCGCCGCCUCACAACAUGCUGGGCCACCGGAGCAUGCCGCCCACCGAGGGAGGCAACAGCGCCCCCUACUGUAACCAGAACAACAUGAUGUCCUCCCAUCAUAACUUCUGCUCUGCUCAGGCCGGCACCGAUCAGCUUGGGCCUGGUGAUGGAUCAAGGUUCUCCACUCCCCGCUCCAUGCUGAAGCUCAGUAAAAAGCGAGCUCUGUCCAUCUCCCCCCUGUCUGACGCCAGUGUGGACCUGCAGACGGUCAUCCGCACCUCACCCAACUCUCUGGUGGCCUUCGUCAACUCGCGCUGCAACCCGAACGGAGCCAGCUCGUACGGCCAUCUCUCUGUGAGCGCCAUGAGUCCAUCACUGGGUUAUUCCAGCAAUAUAAACUGCCAGUCCAGGCCGCAGGGCUCCAUGUAUGGAGGAGGUGGGGGGACCCCACUGGGCGGACACACUCCAGGCCCCUGCCAAGCUUCCCGUCUGCCUCCCCACAAUCCUCGGCUGCACGCACCGCCCAAGCACGGACACCUGAAGACGGAGCCGGGGCUCGGAGGGGUGAUCGAUGGCAUGAAUGUAAAGAGCUUGGAGGAGAGGUCAGAAGGAGAUGUAGCCAGCCCUUCAUCCACCGGCACUCAGGAUCCUCUCCUGGGCCUGCUGGACGGUCGAGACGACCUGGACAAGGAGGACGGGAAACCUGAACCAGAGGCAAUCUAUGAGACCAACUGUCGCUGGGAGAGCUGCAACAAGGAGUUUGACACACAGGACCAGCUCGUUCAUCACAUCAACAAUGAGCACAUCCACGGCGAGAAGAAGGAGUUUGUGUGUCACUGGCAGGAGUGCUCCCGAGAGCAGAGACCCUUCAAAGCCCAGUACAUGCUGGUGGUUCACAUGCGCAGACACACCGGAGAGAAGCCACACAAGUGCACUUUUGAAGGCUGUAAUAAGGCCUAUUCUCGCCUGGAGAAUUUGAAGACCCACCUGCGCUCCCACACUGGAGAGAAACCGUACGUGUGCGAACACGAAGGCUGCAACAAAGCCUUCUCCAAUGCUUCAGACCGCGCCAAGCACCAAAACCGAACUCAUUCCAAUGAGAAACCUUACGUGUGCAAGAUUCCUGGAUGCACUAAGCGAUACACAGACCCAAGCUCUCUGCGUAAACAUGUGAAGACGGUACACGGCCCCGAGGCUCACAUCACCAAGAAGCAUCGAGGAGACACGGGCCCUCGGCCCCCAGGCUCGGCUCUGACGCCCGGGGCCCCGAACUCUGAACUGCUGCUGGAGAAGGAGGAGACGCGCAGAGAAGACUGCAAACUGUUGGCUCCUGAAAGUGCUCUGAAGCCCCAGCCCAGCCCUGGUGGUCAGUCAUCCUGCAGUAGUGAACGGUCUCCACUGGGGAGCGCCAACAACAACGACAGCGGUGUGGAAAUGAACCUGAAUGCAGCAGGCAGUUUGGAAGAUCUCACUGCUUUGGAAGAUGGGGUUGCAGGAGGAGGUGUAGGUGGAGGAGGGGGAGGAGGUGGGGAGCCCGGAACAAUGGGGAUGUCGGCGCAGGCUCUGAAGAGACUCGAGAACUUGAAGAUUGACAAACUGAAACAAAUCCGCAGGCCAACCCCUCCUGGUCGCUGCGCCAGCAGCAAACUUCCAGCCCUCACUGGUUCAGGAGAGAGUAUGGGCAUGUGUGCACCGUCUCCACUCCUCUCAAACCGCCGCGUUAUGGAGCUGUCCAAUCACGAGCUUGGAGGGGGGACGCUUGCCUGCUCAACCAAUGACAGAAGAGGAAGUGGCACCAGCAGCCUCAGCUCCGCCUACACUGUGAGCCGCCGCUCCUCUAUGGUGUCUCCAUACCUGUCCAGCCGACGCUCCAGCGACGUCUCACAGAUGGGAGGUACAGCGGCGGGAGGAUGUCACCUCCUCGGCCCCGAACAGUCGGGUGGAGACCCUCUGUCUCCCGAGACCACUCGCAGAGGAGCUCCAUGUCCAGGAGGAGGAGGAGGGCUGCCCGGUCUUCCUAAUUUGACCCCUGCACAGCAGUACAGCCUGAAGGCCAAAUACGCGGCAGCCACUGGUGGACCACCACCAACUCCCUUACCUAACAUGGAGCAACCAGGUACUCCAGUUCGAAGAGGAGGUGUGUUGAGUGAGUACCAAGGUCAGCCCCUUCCGCCCUUUCUCCAACAUGGUGGUCCUCGAAGGCACAGUAGCAACACAGAAUACGGUACUGGGGUUAUGUACCCUCACCAGGCUCCGGGUAACAACACCAGGCGAGCAAGUGACCCAGUCCGAUCAGCAGCUGACCCACAAGCUCUCCCGAAGCGUUUUAAUAGCCUUAAUAAUGUGGCUAUGAUGGGCCGGAGAAAUGCACUGCAACACCGUGGCUCUGACUCCAGUCUUUCUCGCCACCUGUACUCUCCUCGACCACCCAGCAUAACCGAGAAUGUAAUGAUGGAGGCUAUGGGCAUGGAGUCUCAUCUCGCUCCUGCCGAAGCAAGGGAUCGCUCACUGAUGAUGGCACCUGCAGAAAGAAACUUCAUAGGAUACCAGCAACAGAGUCAGACCCUCGGAGGUGGAAGUUCGAUCUCCAAUCAGCUAUCCCCAAGCCAUGAUUCUCUGAGCUGCCCCGAUCAGAGUUACAUGCAGCGACACUACCAGAACCAAGGAGCGGAAGUCACUUCCAGGGCUGCUGGAAAUUUGAUCAACCAGUCAAGGCCUAUUCAGCAAGAGAGCAUGUCAAAUUCUCUUCUACAACAGGCUGAGUACAGUAUGAGCACCUGCCAGCUCAGUCCCUCAGGCCCGCAUUACCCCAGCAUAGGCCAGGGAGGAGACGCAGGAGGUCCUUGGAAUGACAACCACAGCCAAGUACAGACUUCCAGCCAUGCUCUUCAGAACCAGCGGGGAAUGCAGUAUUCUGAUCCUGGCUUGCAGCCUCAGCAGGCACAAUCUCACUUCGCUAAUCAGGCGGGUCAUUACAACAGCUCCGAGAGAGUCCAUAAACUUGUCAUCAAGCCCGAGCAGCAGUUCCACCCGGGGAUGGGAGGCGGCGAUGCUUGUCAAAGUGCAAAGCUCCACCAACAACAGAUGCUUCUGCAGCAGACACAAGGUUACCCACAGCAGGCAGGCCAGGUAAUGAUGAGGAACUCAAACAACCCCAGCUGUGACUUUCAAGGGCCAAACCAAAACUCUUUCCCCGGUGGAGGAGGAGUGAGUUUGGGCUCCACACUUGCUGAUGGGCAGAGGUCAGAAACACCGAUGAUGCAGGUGAAGGAGAUGAUGGUGAGGAACUACGUACAAUCCCAGCAAGCCCUCAUGUGGGAGCAGCAACAAGAACAGCAGCAGCAGACUGGAAUCAAGCCUCCACCUCUUUCUGAUAAUAUGGACCUGGGUGCUCAAACUGCAAUCAUGCAACACAGUCCACAACAUCCCAACCAGAACAUUUUCUCCAGUCAGCCCUAUCCGCCGUAUCCCAACCAGAACCUGGUCAUGAGUCCUCCUGCCCACAGCCGAGUGCCGAGCUCAGUAACUCCUAAAGACCAGCAGCUGACAGGUCUCCAAAGUUCAUGUUAUAACCAGGAGAUGGUUGUUCCGAGGCCUCCUCAGGGACGUAAACCCCUGAGCCGCCAGAACAGCCUGUCACAGGUAGGAGGAGGCUACCUUGGCAGCCCACCUCACCUCAGCCCCGUCCACUCAACGUCCAGUCCUCGUCGAGGAGUCCGCCUUCCUCCAGUCCAGCAUCCACAGCAUCCACAAAGCGAGAUGUUCUCCCCAUCCAACAAUAACAACAUGUAUUACUCGGGUCAGAUUAACAUGGAAAUGGAAAAACACAUGAACUCACCAAAUGUGGCUUGUUUAAACCAGCAGCACAGUAUGGGGUCUAGUCUGGACCCAGCAGGGGGCACAAAAUCUACACCUAUGGCUCCUUAUGCUGAGUCUGGCCCUAUUUCCAAUGCUUUAGAAAACCUGGACCUGGACAAUGCUCGCAUAGACUUCACUUCCAUUAUUGAUGAUGCCGACUCUUCCUCCUUCAGCCCCGUCAACAAUCCCCUGCAGGGGCAGGCAGGAUCUUCCUCCCAGGCCUCAUCCCGCCUCACCACCCCCCAGACUUCGGUCAGCCUCGCCGUAGGCGCCGGCCUGUCCAACAUGGCUGUUGGUGACAUGACAUCCAUGCUUACCUCUCUGGCAGGAGAAAAUAAAUACCUGAACACACUGUCUUAGAAGACAACUCGAGUACACAAGCAUACAUUUAGGCAAGCAAUCAAACUCUGGCCAUGGCCAGGUUCCAGUGACACUAGUCUGGGGUUUAAAAAACAUACACUAUCUCUGUCACUUAUAGUGAUAUUUACUUGUACAUUACAAGACUCUAUAUGGCUAGGCAAAGGCAAAUGGUACAUUUUAUGUAUUUAGUCAGUAGUGUGCUGUAAUAUAGAUUGACCUCAAUACAAAAACCCAACAGUCUGCCAUGUUUCAAGCUAAAUGUUGCUAUCGCAUAACAGAUAUAGCCACAUGUUGUACUGCAUUUUGGUUGCAAGUUGAGUUCCAAUACAGGUUAAAUGUGUUUGAGUCCCCACCCCGAAGAUCUUAAAACCAAAGGUGCCUGAACAACUUCCCUCUUGCCUUGGUACUUGCUAUCAUAUGUGCCUUAUUGUGGGGGGCAGAACUAUUUGCCUGAUAUGAAAGGAUGCAGAGCUUUUUCUAAACAGGCAUUCCAAUCACAUAAGGCUUUUAGUAACAAUGGAGCAGAGAAAGACUCGUGUAAAUAAAUCAUAUAUAUAUACUGAACAUUUUGUAUACGACAAUGAGGCAUUGGAUAGCUAUCCUCUGUCUUUGGAGAAACUGAUGGAUUCUGAAGGCCAGUGUUCAAAGGAUGUGAUGUGAGAAAAAUGCAGGAAGAAGCGAGAGAGAAAUGUUUUUAUCGAUUGAGAAAUUAUUCCUCGGUGCUACUAAAACUCACUUUUUUUUUUUUGCCAGAGACUUCUUCAUUGCCAGGAACAGCACAUUAUGUUUAAGUGGCAUAUCAGUAUUCACACAUAUGCACAGAUGAAUUCACAUCCAUAAUACCCCCACACAUGUGCCCACUCACAAACACUCAGGACUUGUUUAAAUCUUUGGUGUUCACAUUACAUGUAUGUUGGAACUGCCUUUCCAGACAGAGAGUUUGCACUCCACAUGUUUACUGUACGUGUUCCUAAAGCAGCUGUGUACUUAUUCUUAUCACUGCAAGACAAAAAGUGCCCUACGAUUUCAAAGGUACAUCGACUGAGCGAAGCUCAAAUGUAAUAUGUAUCCAUUGACUUCACCAGCAUGGUGAUACAUUCAAUGCUAUCAACCAUAAUGCCUUUACUUAACCAUACCCCUCACACUGACUGCGGAAUAGAAAACUUGGUGGAUUUGGUAUUUGAGGAACUGAGGUACAUUCAUAGUGCAGUGCCAAUGCACUUUGGCUCUGAUCCCAAAAAAAUGUGUUAUUUUGCAGCUAAUUCAGGAUACUAAGGCAUCACAAAGCAUUAUUUUUUACAGUUCCUAUCACACACUAUAUGGGUAUAUUGAGGUACUUUUUGCAACUGAUGAGCUGUAGCAAACAGAUGUUAGUUGCGGCUCUUUGUAGAACAAAUUUUAUACUGUGGCUUUGCACUGAUGACAGCGCUGUGUGGAAGAUCUCCAUCUCUCAUCACUAUUCACAUGAACCUCAUUUUGGAUGGCAAUGUAGAUUCAUCACAGUAUUUUUUUUCUUCAACACAAAACACAUCCGAAAAACCCUCGUGCUCAGCUGAAGCCACAUUAAAGUGUUCUAAAAGCAUUUCAUGUGACUUUUUCAGAACUUAUUUGCAAUGUCACUUCCAAGCUUUGUAUGAUUGAACAUUUCCUCAUUUGGAAAAAAAAAAAAAAAAAAGAAAAGAAAAAGUCUGCAGCCUACCAAAGACACCUAAAAAUGACUGAAAAAAAAUGCACAAAUAGUCUAUUUUAACA